GUUGAAUUUUGGUCAGUCUUCUUCUUUGUUUUAUUCCAGCUUUUUUGUAGCUUCCAUUGGUCAUUGUCUUUAUUGUUUUGGACAUAUUGCUUUUGGACUUAAUAUGUGAUUGCGACUUUUCUUAUUUCCUAGCGACUAAUAUUGGGUGGGAAAUAGCAGCGAAAAUGCACAUGAACAUGAUAUAAGCUAGGAGCCUAGGAUAAAUGCCUUAAAAUGUGGAAGUUCAAGGACUAUAUACAUUUAUGGUUUGAAUUCAGUUUCCAUAUCAUCCUUGGUCCAUGGCUUGGUGAACUUUUGCAUAAAUGUGUAAUUCAUUAUAAAGCUGGAAGUAGACCUGGAUUUGAUCAAUUCGGUAGCUUUGAAUGUUAUUCUUGAAGUCAUGUAUGAGAUAGAGUACAUGAAAGACCUGCUAAUUGUUAGUUUCUUCUUGUGGUUGGAUUGACUGUGUCCUUUUGUACCCAGGUGCUGUUUUCUGAUGGUUUGCUGGCCCUUUGUUUUUAUGUUCAAGGACCAUCCUAUCUAGCCGUCAUACCUGCAGAUUAAAUUGAUGAGCGUCAUUUUGCUUUUAAACUUCUAUAUGACCAGGAUGUUACACUAAGAGCAGUAUCAAUUUCAGCGCAGCUGCUUGAUUAGUAUGUCAAUGUAGUUUGCUGAGCACGUACCAUAUGAUUUUGAAAAUUUAAGGCAGAUAGCAUCUGUAAUAGUAGUCCCUAAUCCGCAACAAGUUCUGUAAUUCUUUCAUGUUAUCUCCAUCUGAUAUCCUGUUUUGUCCAGAUUGCCAGGGCUGAAGCAUCUGAGAUUGUCAUCCCUUUGUUGGAUUAAGAGAAUACCGAUUCUCCCAGUUACCUACAGAUUAACUCAGUCAAAGAAACCUCACCUUUCCAACCUUCUCUGGAUUCUAAUCAUCCACAAGUCCUAGUAUCAAGUACCAUCAAUUCAACUCAAUCAAAGAAGCCUCACCUUUCCAACCUUCUCUGGCUUCUAAUCAUACACCAGUUCUAGUGUCAAGUACCAUCAAUUAGACAGCUACUUUGCUCUCUCUGCUACCAUGUUAACAAAUGCUAACGUUGUUU